UGCCAGAUCCUUAACCCACCGAGCAAGGCCAGGGAUUAAACUCGCAACCUCAUGGUUCCUGGUUGGAUUCGUUUCCGCUGUGCCACAACGGGAACUCCCAUUUAAAAAUAUUUUUAAACUGAGCUUUAAAAAUUCCCAAAUUAGCUCACAUCAUGCUUAAGGGUGAAAGGCUGGAUUCUUACCUUCUAUGAUCAGGAACAAAACAAAGGUAUCUGUUCUUUCCACUUUUGUUCUAUCCUGAAGGCUCUAGCCAGGACAGGCAAGAAAAUGAAAUAAAAGCCAUUUAUGUUGAAAGGAAGUAGUAAAGCUACUUUGUGGAUGACAUGACGCUGUAUAUAGAAAAUACCAAGGAAUCCUCUAAAAAAAAAACAACUAGAGCUAAUAACAAGUUCCCUAAGGUUUCAAAUUAUAAAAUUCAAUUGUAUUUCUACACAGUAGCAAUAAACAAACAAAAUAUGAAAGCAAGAAGAUAAUUUUACCUUCAAGAGUAUCAAAAAGAAUGAAGUAUAUACUUAGGAAUGAUUUUAACAAGAGAAGUAUAAAACUUUGAACAUUAUAAAACAUUUAAAGAAAUUAAAGAAGAACUAAAUAAAUGAAAAGGCAUGUUCACGGAUUAGAUGUUUCAAUAUUGCUACGAUGGCAAUACUAACGAAAGUGAUCUACAGACCCAGCACACUCCCUGUCAACAUCCCAGCUGGCUUGUUUGCAGAAAUUGACAAGUUGAUCCUAAAUUUCAUAUGGGAAUUCAAGGGGAUCUGUAACAGCCAAAAUAGUCUUGAUGAAGAACAAAGUUGCAGGACUCACACAUCCCAAUUUCAAAGCUCAAUUCAGGAGUUCCCGCUGUGGCUCAUUGGGUUAAGAACCCAACUUGUAUCCAUGAGGAUGUGGGUUUGAUCCCUGGCCUCGCUCAGUGGAUAAGGAUCCAGAGUUGCUGUGGCUGUGGUGUAGGUUGCAGCUGCAGCUCUGAUUCAGCCUCUAGCCUGGGAACUUCCAUAUGUCACAGGUAAGGCUGUAAAAAGAAAGGGGAAAAAACUCACUUUUUCAAAGCUUCUGUGAUCAAGAUAGUGUGGCACUGGCAAAAAGAAAGCCAUAUGGAUCAAUAGAAUAGAAAGGAGGAUCUAGAAAUAAGUGCCCACCUCUUUGGUACAUUGAUGUCGACCAGGGUACCAAGAUGGGUCAAUGGGGAAAGAAUAUUUUUAACAGAGUUGCUUGGACAGCUAGACAUUCACAGGCAUAAGAAGGCAGCUGGAUCCCUACUUCCCACCAUGCACAAAAAUUAACUCCAAAUGAAUAAAAGACCUACAGAAGGGCUAAAAGUAUAAAACUCUUAAAAGAGAACAUAGAUGUAACCUUUCUGACCUUGAAUUUGACAAUAAUUUCUUAGAUAUGACAUGAAAGCAAAAGCAAUCAAAGAAACAUAGAUAAAUUUGGCUUCAUCAAAAUUAAAAACCUUUGUGUUUUAAAGGACAAAAUUAAGAAAGUAAAAAGGCAACCCAUACAAUAGGAGAAAAGUUUAGUAAAUUAUAUUUCUGAUAAGGGACUGUAUCCAGAAUUCAUAUAUAAAGAAUUCCUACGACUCGAUAAUAAAAAGAUAAGCAACCCAAUUUAAAAAUGGGCAUAAGAUCUGAACAGACAGUUCUCCAUAAUAUAUACACAAAGAACCAAUAAGCACAUGAAAAGAUUCUCAAUACCAUUAGUCAUUAUGGAAAUGCAAAUCAAAACCACCAGAUAGCACUCAAAUGCCCCAGGAUAGCCAUGAUAUUAAAAAAAAAAAAAGAUAAUAACAAGCAUUGGUGAAGAUGUGGAGACAUUAGAACCUUCAUGUACUGCUGAUGGGAGUCUAAAAUGAUGUGGCUGCUUUGGAAAACACUUCAGAAGGUCCUCAAACCGUUAAACUAAAUGACCUAGCAAUUCUGCUAAGAGUCAUAUACGCCAGAGAAAUGAAAACAUACCUCCACACAAAAACUUGUAUAUAAGUGUUUAUAGCAGCGCUAUUCCUAGGGGGCCCACCAGCUGGUGGAGGAAUAAAGAAAGUGCGAUAAGAUAAUCCAACCAAAAUAUCACCCAGUAAUUACCAGAAAUGUACUGAUGCAACACGAUGAACUUUGAAAAGAUGCUAAGUGAAGGAAGCUAGUGACAAAGGACGAGGUAUUGUACAGUUACUAUGAAAGGUCCAAAAUAGGAAAAGCUGCAGCUAGGGAACCUAGAUUAGUGGUUACCUGGGCCUGAAGGAGGGAGCUGGCCUUCAUCGGGGGUGCGGGGUGGGGUGGGGGGAAGCAGGCAAAGGCUGAAUGGCUAGUGACUGCUAAUAGCUGUGGCAUUUCUUUUGGGGGUGAUAAAAUGCUCUAAGAUUGUGGCAACGGUUGCACGACUGUGGAUAUGCUUAACACCAUCAAAUUGUAUGCUUUAAAUGGGUGACUAAUCUUGUGUCUCAUUUGUAUUUAAAUAAAGCCGUUCUUUUACAAAUUUUCAAUAGUAGAUGAUGGUUUAUUUCGGCGGCAGUGACGUCCACUAGUCAUCGAAAUUGGUCAAGUGCCUGGUCUGUCAGCUAGAAAGCCAGGUGGUUACUACACUGCACGUGCUACAACACUUGCACCUCGUGUGGGUUCACUGAGCCUCUUAGCUCAGGACAAGGGUUCAUUGCAAAGAGCGGGUUCGAAUACCGCGCACUGCCAGGCGGGAUUUUUCAGGGUGGACAUCACUGCCUCCGCCUGUGUCCUUGCGUUACAGCGUUACCUUGAAAGAGCACGAUACCGUUUUGCCUCGGCAGACAGAUUAUUUGCAGUAACAAAUGUAUUGCCAAACAUGAGUGAAUGGUAGCCCAUGUGACAGGAAGGAUGGCGAGUCUAAGUGUAUAUACCGCCCCCCGACACACACAGGAAACGGAACUUUUUUUUUAGGGCCACACUCACAACAUAUGGAGGUUCCCAGGCUAGGGGUCCAGUCAGAGCUGUAGCUGCUGGCAGACGCCAGAGCCACAGCAAUGCCAGAUCCGAGCCAAGACUGCGACCUACACCACAGCUCACGGCAACGCCGGAUCCCCAACCCACUGAGAGGGGCUGGGGAUCAAUCCCGCAUCCUCAGGGAUACUAGUCAGGUUUGAAACGGAAUUAUUUUUAAAGUCAGGUGGUAAAGCAUUUACUGUUGUAUCAGACCCGUGGGGGUGGUGGGCUUCCUUGUUUGGGCUAAUAGGGACCUGGAGGCUGGCAGACCUGUCCUGGGUCUGGGCCGCAGGUCCCUUGGAAGGGAGGCGGGGUCAGGGGAAGGGGUAGGGUUCCAGGCCCUAGGGAAAAGGGUCUCAUACAAUUCAUUUAGGUCCUGAUGGAGGAGAGGCCUAAGAUCCUUGACUUCGAUUCCUCAUCUGUGUAGGGAGCCUAGCACAGUGCCUGUGAGGUUUGUUGAAUGUUGAAAGGAUGUGAGAUUUUAAUUCUUUUUAAAACAUUUUAUAGCUAUCCUCUUCUAAGACAAUACAUUCUCAUUAAUGUCUUUUCUUUCUUUCUGUCUUAUUAGGGACACAGAGUCUAGUUUGCUCAUAGAAGAUGCUGCUGAAAAAUAAAUAGACUCAAACUUUUAAAAAUGUUGAUAGGUGGGUCAGCCCUGCAAACAAACAAAUGAAAAGUUAAAUCUUCAUUGUGUUAUCGGUUGGUAUGAAAAUGCUGCAGGGACUGUUUUAAAAACAGUUUCCAGGCACAUAUUGGGAGGCAGGAUUUUUCCUCUUACUUUGGGUCCUGACAUGUGUCCGAAAAGCUCCCACUUGUUUGGACAGUUGGGUGGUCAUCCCUUUCGAACGUAAAAGGGCUCGCCGCCCAUGUGGAGGGGUUGAUGGCUUUUUCCACGAUUUCAUUUCUUUACCGCUGUCAGGAGUAAGGAGCGGAUCAAGUGUCGCCGGUGUCAGGGAGGAAAGGAGCAAAGCUUCCCAGGCGAGCUGGGCGCUUCCUGCAGGGGGAGCGAAGGCAGGAAGGGGAGAAGCAGGGGGGCUGGACUGUGCUGGAGAGCCCAGGGCAGCUUCCCUGAGCUCCACCCAGAAGUGUGGUCGCCUUUGUCAUUUUAAUUGCUCUGUGUUUGUGGAGUGGGGCCUCUGUUUACUUAUAGCUUGGGGCUUGUGUUUACCAAGCCUGGUGGAGGCCAGUGACAGGCCUCCUGCGAGCUCUCCCGCUGUAUCUUGAGGCACUCUCCUUUCAGUGUCUGUGCCCGUCUAAUUCGUGAGCUUCUGUGGAGCAAGCACAGGAGGGUCCAAGGCCCACAGGGAAGAAUUACACCUAAUUACUCAAAUAAUUGCUAGGCUGUUGCCUUCUUAGUCACUGAAAAUCAUUUCCAGGUCCCUGGCUUUUAUAGAUAGUCUUCUGGAGGCAGGGGGACACAGCCCCCUUUUUAACUCAGCCCAUUCACUCACAAAAUCAGAACACUCGAGCCUGCAAAAUUAAUAAGCACCACUUCCAUUACAUAUAUUUUAGGUUGUUGUUGCCGUGGCGAUAAAGUCAGGGACAUUGAAUCUCCUCUGUUGAGCCAUUGUUAUCAUCCCUGGCCAUCUGCUGCCGAGGAGUGAUAUUCCAUCUCAUUUGCAUGAUGACUGAUAUAUGGGAGGUUUGGAAGGACAUAUGCCACAGCAAUCAUGUGAUGAAAAUUAAAGUGAAAGUUUUGGGCCCAGAGCCGAAAAAAAAUCUGUGUAUGCGCAUGAGGCUGUUGAUGUGCAAAUGUGAAUCAUAUUGAGAAGGUCUGAAUAGGGAGGUGUGACGUAGAGAGGGGACACAAACGCAGGUGCUUAUCUCUGCGCAGGCAAAGGCGCUGGAUGUCACAUCAUGGGAACUACCUUUCAAAGAAACAGCUUUAGUGUUUCCGUUCAGCACACAAGGGAGGAGAGAAAUAUAAGUUUGGGAAACAAACAAAAAAGUAAGUUCAAAACUUUGGAACCGCGUACUGCUCGCACGGAUGUUUAAGUCACUCAGAAUUUUACUGAGUUUUUGUGUCUCAAGUAAUCAUAGUUGAUGCUGUUUCGGGGGCGGGGGGUGGAAAUGACACCACUAAAGGUUGAAGUUUCGAAGUCUGUAGAUGGUUUUUCUGAUGUUUGUUUUGAACUUCUGUUUCUGGUUUCUGCUGUGUUUAUACUUGGUUGUUAUUUUCAAUGCUGUGUCUGUGUCUGUUUUUAAAUUUUUGUUAAAAGGGUUACUGUAUCUUGGUUGAGAAGGAUUCAGAAUAAAAUGUCUUGGUGCAAUUGCAUUUAUACUGCAUCAGUAACGCCUUUGUUCAUAUACAUUUUUGAAAUGUGCAAAUUUGCAACACAGAAAAUGCAAUGAUACUUUGUAUACUUUUUUCUCUGAGACAAAGUAAAGUGGAAAUAAUUUCUGAGAUCACGGAAAUUGCCAGUGAGAUCCCAAAUCUGACAUCUCACUAGAAUCCAGGAAAUCUUUUCUGGAGGGAGUGGGGGUUGUCAAUGCAACAAUAUAGGUUAUUUUUAGAAACAAAUAACCAACAUUGAAAAGAUAUUUCAUAUAUUCUUUUUGGAAAGUCAAAAUUCUGGUCGUGGCUCUAGGUAGGGGAAAGAGUUUGUGGGAAGUCCCAAAGAUCUUUGAAAUGAUAAGUAUGGUAUUUAUAAGCUUGUCUUUAAAUAUUUAAAGAAUUGAAUAAGAGCAGUCUCCUUAAAAAAUGAUAUGUUUCAUUUUUUGAUAAAUGUGGAUGUCAAGAGACUCUUCAGAAAGUUAAAGAAUAAUAUUAGAAAAGGCUGAAGAAGGAGAAAGACUUAAUACUAGCCUUGAACCAAAUUUUGCUGAAGGAUGAGCUCAAUGAAAUGUUACUGAAGGAUAGAGAAAAAUUUCAAAUACCUUGAUAAACAGUGCUUUGCCACAUAUGCCUUUCAUCCUAACAAGGCAUUUAUUAAACAUGUUUUGAUACAUUGUAGAAAUAAUAGAAGUCUCCUAAAGGGUUGUAGUGAGCUUUUUUCAGUUUCAAAGAACAAAGCAGCUAAUAGGCGAUGUAUGUAAAAUAACUUCUCCAAUUUUUUUUUUUAAGAAAGUGAAUUAUUGUCAGAAAAGUUCUACCGACUCUUAUCUUGUGCCAAAAAUAGCACUGCAAAAUCCCACAAACUCAAGAGGGAAAAUUGAUGAAGAAAUCUUGGAUAUAAUUACAUAUACUAUCUUUAUGUUAGGGAAAAAAUAAAUAAGGCCCAGGGAAUGAUGAGAUUCACAGUCCAAAAUAAAACUGAAAUUAGACUUUCCCUAACUUUUUUUUCCCCUUGCAAAUGUCAUCUGCAUAUUAUCUUACUUUUAUGCUUGUAACCUAAGAUUACCAGUGAUCUCUUUUCUCCUUAUUCUAAAUAUUCAGUUACUCAGUGGUGAUUAUUGUGGCCUUCUUGGCUUACUCCAAUAUUAGAUUAAUAUAGAUUUCUUGUGCCAAAUUAGCGGAAAUCACUGUAGCACAUAAGAGUGAUUCACUCUUUUUUAGUUGUAUUUAUGUUAUGGAAGCAGCAUCAUUUUAGGCUUAAAAGCUUUUAUAUUUUAAAUUUGGAUAUACUGUACCUUAGAGAGCAUAAAAGGUAGUUGUAUUUAAAACGUUUCAAAGUACAUGGGAACUUUUAUGGAGAUUCUAAUUUAGUUAUGAUUCGAGGAGCUCUCUCUUUUUUUUUUUUUUUAAGAGUGGCCAUUUCUAUUCAGCUCUAACAUCAAUCAGUAAGAUUUAAAGUUUCCUGAUUCUUCCUGACUUAGACAUUAUAAGCGCAAAUUAACUAGGCUAGCUAUGCUAGGAGCUGUCCGUGGUAGCAUGUUCUUUAAAAAGUUAGCUGUUAUAAAAUGCAUAUCUGCAUUCUCUGUGUAAUUGGCUUUAUUACCAUUUUUAAAGGUCAGGAUUAAAUUCUUAUUAGAUAAAUUAACUUGGUAUACACACUAGUUAUUUGCAGAUAAUGUAACAAUCUUACUCAUAACUCAAUUGCAAAACUAAACUUCCAUGAUGUUAAUGAAUGUUUCUGGUUGCAGCUUUAAAGUAUGUAUGAGCAAAUAAACAAAAAUCACAAGCUAUUAAAUGUGUGCUUCUUUAAGUUGACAUUAAUAUAAAAGCACAGUGCAAAUAGUCUCCAUGGUAGUAGGGCAAUGCGAACAAACAUCAAAAAAUGUGACUUGUAUGACUUUAUUGCUCUUGAAAUUAAUUCUUGUCCUUAUGUGACCUGCCAUGUCUGCUAUAGAAAUCCAAAAGAUCAUAAUUGUUUGAUAUGAAAUGCAAAAAGAAUAGUUAAAUUGAAAGUUUAACAUCAUGAAAUUCAAAAUCCCAAGCGGUAUAUAAACAUUAAAAGAAACUUUGGACUGCUAAUCCUAGGAAAUGAGUUUUAUGGAUUGAAUUCAACAAGGCUUCAGAAAUGGUUCCAUCUGCUGCCUAGCAGCUGGUGAAAGGAUAAAUUUAAUUCAUUAAUUCAUUUGGAAAAAAGGAUCCAAAGUAGUAAAGACUUCAUUGCUCAUAAUGCAUAUAGGUGAAAACACAAACUGAAAUCUGGCCCAAUUGAUCAUCCUAGAUAAUGAGCUACAUUUUGUCUUCCCUUUUUUGGUAAAGGUCUUAGUGAUUGAGUCAAUACGGUGUUGAUUUUUACGACAAUAACCAAUCAUUUCUAAUCACUUCCGUGAUUAAAAAAAAAAAACAACUCAGGGAAAUUCAAAGUAAGUCACAGUUUUUAAUCUAGGGAACUGUGGGCAUUAGAAAUUUUACGUGUUCCCAUUUUGCAUAUGUGUCCAUGGCAACCGUGUGUAUCUGUAGGCUUACAAUGUAUACAUACCGAUACUCUGAAUCAUAUACAUUCUGAAUCGCUUCAAUAACUACUUCUUUUAAGUGGUGCCAUCCCAUUUGUUGAAAUAUUCAAACUUUUUUACUACUCAGGAUUAAUGUCAGCAAAGUGUGCUUGAGAUUCCAAGUUCAUAUUUACUCCAAAGUUGCAAGGUUCAAAAUAACUCUUGUUUUGCUUUUUCCUCUUGCGACACUUCAAGCCAGUUAUCCCAGCUUGUUCCACUCACGUGUUCUGGAGUACUUCAAAAGAUAAAAAGUUGUGCUUGAAGCCGUCUUGAUCACUUUGACAUAGAACAUGGGGAAAAGAUUCAUUUGGCUGGAUGGCCCAGGACUUUUUAAUAUCUUUGCACAAAAAUAGAAGGUUGAAGCCCAGUGUCUGGAAUUGUUUAAAUGUAACCAACAUGAUGAGAUACCGAGAAAGUUAUUGUUGUUGAAUUCCCUUUAACUUGGAAUCUACUUGUAUCGGUGGAUUUUUUUAUCUGCUGGCAUUUUCACGAGAGCGAGUUUUCCCCUGGAAGUGUAGGGCUCACCUUCUGGGCCAGGUAAAUGUGUCCUGGUUGCCAGUGAGUGGAUCAUGAUGGACAUAAGAACACCCCUGACUGCUUCCACCAGCGUACAUUCUAGCCAUUCCUUUCGGAUGCUGAUUUCAUGAAUGGCUUUGACUUUUCUUUCUCUGUGGCCAUAGCUCUGUGGUGGGUUUUUUGGAUUUACUCUAAAGGUUCUGUUUGCACCCUGUGGGCUGGGUUAAGAAUCAGGGUUUAUGCAUUUACUUGUACUGUUGCAUUGUUUAUACAGCUUUGGUUUAGUUUUGAUCUUUUCUUUUUUUUCUUUUCUUUUUUUUUUUUUUUUUGCCUUUGAGGCUCUUCCACGGUGUCAGCUGCUGACUGAUAGUAGGAAAAACGGCCUCGUGGUGUGAAUGAAAGGGACCUAGCGGUUGGUAAACAGAGAUAAGGAAUAAAUAGAGCACAGGCAAAAGGAGAUAGUUCUGUGGGGGCCCAGAUUGCUGCCAGUCUGUUCAGGGGAGAUGCAGGGCCUGUCCUUUUCCCAGAUUAAAUUAGUGUGCGAAAUCUCCAGCGACCUCCUCCCCUUCUCCGCAUACUCUUGAGCCAAGCUGAACAGCCUCUGCUGUAAAGUAUUCAUUUUACCCAGGGACAAGCCGGACAAUGGACCUCUCCCUGAUACUUACGGACAGCUGUCGUCAUUCACGGAGCUGUCAGCAUUUCAUUUUUCAUAGGAGUUAAAAGGGUUUUUACCUUGUAACUGAAAGAGGGCAUCACUGCAACUUUGCCAGUUCCGAGGCUGCCUGGGCAGGGGGUGGGACUGGGGUGGGGGUGACUUCGGAGGAGAAACUGCUAGAGGAAGCAAUUCUUUUUGGGUUUGCUAAUAUGAUUACACUGACACAGAAAUUAAAUUUCAAAUCUGGGUUCCUUGCUGAGAGAAAAUAUCUUUGAUUCUGAAAGUUUAAAAAAAAAAAAAAAUUAAGGUCACCAGUGCAAACUAGAUGAUUUUUCUCCACCUCCCUUACCCUUGUUUUGGCUAAAUCUCCAUGUGUUUUAUUACCUGUGAGUAACCACCCUUAAACGGUAAGCCUGAAAGAUACCUCGGUAGUGUCAUAUUUUUUUUCCUUUUUUUUUUUUUAGUGAUUUACUGCAAAUAUAUUCAGCAUUUGACUGAUUAAAUAGACCUUCGGCAACCUUGAGGGUCACUGUGUGGAGUAUGUACAUAGAAAAUGCAUCAGCGCAUUGUACCCUGGCAGCUAAUGAGAUUGGUCGUUAAGUAAAUGACACAAAGCCUACAAAAAAAGCUUAGCAGCUCACUAGAGUAUCCCAGUGUCCCCGCACACCACACAGCGACACAAACCCUGGACUACCCCAGCCUACCCUGCUUUAUUCUACAUCACUGCUUCCCUGAUGUCAGCGUGAGAGGCAGAGAACAAAGGCUAGGAGGCACGGAGCCCUCAGUUUUGUGAGAGUCCUCGAAAGAUUGUGAAAAGUCCCUUUUACGUGGCUGUGCGUGCUCAUAUCAAGGCUAAGGAUUUGACCUGUACAUUCAAGUUGCAACUUUGCAAGAAUUUUGUUGCUAAGAAGAAUUUAUGAUCUUGUGUAUCUUGUAUCUACAGCAAUGGAAAGUCUCCACUUCGAAUCCAGUGGACGUUAGGGAAGGAAACCAAGUCUGGAAGUGCUGUUUGGAGCCAGAGUUAACAUUCCUAACGUGUGAGAGGAGCCUGUGUGCACCCUGACCCGGUCCAUCAGAACUGCACUUGCGGACUUGAGUCGAAGAAGCAUCUGCUUCAUGUCUGGUCUAAGCUUUCCAGCAACACAGAAAUCCAUGGUUAGAAAGCCGGGCACUCCGAUCUACUGCAAAAGAAUGAAUUGCAGGCUUUCUCACUAAAGCAAAGAUAUUUCGUCACUCUGACGGAGAAGGGCCAAACCGAGUUAGCAGACAAGUUUCCUGGAGAAAAAGAGAGAUGGAUGCAGAGGCUGAAGAUAAAACGCUACGCACCCGCACUAAAGGAGCCAAGGUGACAAUGGAUUGUCUCGUCCAGGAGCUCAGUGCUGCCUACGAUUGCGCCCCAGCCAAGAAGAGGAGAGCCGGGGAGCAGGCUCUGGGGGUCCCGAUCAACAAGAGGAAGUCCCUGCUCAUGAAGCCGCGGCACUACAGCCCCCGCGUGGACCGUGAGGAGGGCCGCGCGCACCGCACGGAGGCAGAGGGGCAGGACGGCCCCCUGGAGACCGACCACCACCCCAGCGCAGAUGAAAUCCUGAUAAAACCCAUGGAUGACAAGCUUCCUUCACCUGCACAAGAAAACUCCGAUGGGAAGGAAGACAGAUACGGCUGUUACCAAGAGUUCACAGUCACAUCUCUAAUGCACUUGGGGAAAUUUGAAAAAAAUGCAUCUAUUCAGACAGCAAGUGGAAACUUAAAUGAUACCAGCAUCCAGUCCCUGAAAGCAGAGGCAGGUGACGGAGGCGAGCUCCUGACGGCACACUCUAACGGCGGAAAGGACCCAACGGAGGACCCCCAGCUGCAGUUCUGCUGCUCUGACGACAAUGAGAGUCACCCUGAAAGUGCCGAGAACAGCUGGGACAGUGGCUCCAACUUCUCAGAAGAAACCAAACCUCAGAGGGUCUCCAGGUACGUUGCAGUGGAUGAUGGGAAAGGCCUGUUGGAAGUUCCCGAAAUAAAAACAGAAGGUGACAAGUUCCUCUCUUGUGAAAACGCGUGUGAUUCGGAGGCAGAAGGGACCACCGUGCAGACCGCUCAUGCGCACGGGGACCAGUCCGAUGACAAAGCCCAGCCCUUGCUCCCUGGGGUUGAGGGGCAGGAUCGCGGGUGCCUGGCCUCAGUGACGGGCGCCGAGGAGCCUGCCGAGCUGGAGAAAGCCAAGGGGAACUUGAGUUUGCUGGAGCAGGCGAUCGCCCUGCAGGCUGAGCGAGGCUGUGUUUUCCACCACACCUACAAGGAGCUGGACAGGUUUCUGCUGGAGCACCUCUCGGGGGACACGAGGCAAACCAAAGUUACCGACAUGAGCGGAAGACAAGCCUUUCACAAUAAACAUUCCCCGAGGCCUGAGAAGAGGGAGACCAGGUGCCCCAUCCCCGGGUGCGACGGCACGGGCCACGUGACCGGGCUCUACCCCCACCACCGCAGCCUUUCUGGGUGCCCCCACAAAGUGCGGGUCCCCCUGGAGAUUCUUGCCAUGCAUGAAAAUGUGCUCAAGUGCCCCACCCCAGGAUGCACAGGACGAGGACACGUCAACAGCAACCGCAACACUCACAGGAGCCUUUCUGGUUGUCCAAUUGCUGCAGCUGAAAAACUGGCCAUGUCCCAGGACAAGAGUCAGCUUGAUUCUCCCAAAGCCGGGCAGUGUCCUGACCAGGGUCACAGGACAAGCUUGGUGAAGCAGAUCGAAUUCAAUUUCCGAUCACAAGCCAUCACCUCUUCCAGAGCCACGGUGUCAAAAGAACAAGAGAAGUUUGGCAAAGUACCUUUUGAUUAUGCCAGUUUCGACGCCCAGGUUUUUGGUAAACGCCCUCUCGUACAGACAGGUCAAGGACGAAAAACACCACCAUUUCCUGAAUCAAAGCAUUUUUCCAAUCCAGGGAAAUUUCCCAAUCGGCUGCCCAGCGCCGGCGCCCACACACAGAGCCCUUGCCGUGCCAGCUCUUAUAGCUACGGUCAGUGCAGCGAAGACACCCACAUAGCGGCAGCUGCUGCCAUCCUGAACCUUUCCACUCGCUGCAGGCAGGCUGCAGGCAUCCUCUCCAACAAGCCGCAGAGCCUGCAUGCCAAGGGAGCCGAGAUAGAAGUGGAUGAAAAUGGCACGUUGGACUUAAGCAUGAAAAGAAAUCGCAUCCUGGACAAAGCCACGCCCCUAACUUCCACGAACGCUUCUAUUCCCACCGCUUCCUCUUCCUCACUCAAAACCAGCAGCAUUUUGGUCAAUGCAGCGUUCUACCAGGCCCUCUGCGACCAGGAGGGCUGGGACACGCCUAUCAACUAUAGCAAAGCCCAGGGGAAGACAGACGAGGGGAACGAGAAAGACCCCGUGAGCUCUCUAGAAAGCUUAGAGGAAAAGAAGUUUCCUGGAGAGGCCUCCAUACCAAGCCCUAAACCCAAGCUCCACACGAGAGACCUCAAAAAAGAGCUGAUCACCUGCCCAACGCCAGGAUGCGACGGGAGUGGCCACGUUACAGGAAACUAUGCCUCCCACCGCAGUGUUUCCGGCUGUCCCCUGGCGGAUAAGACUCUGAAAUCCCUCAUGGCGGCCAACUCGCAGGAGCUGAAGUGUCCCACCCCAGGCUGUGACGGUUCGGGGCACGUGACGGGAAACUACGCCUCCCACAGAAGCCUGUCAGGCUGUCCGCGUGCCAGGAAAAGUGGCGUCAAGGUGACCCCUACGAAGGAAGAAAAAGAAGACCCUGAGCUCAAAUGCCCGGUGAUCGGAUGUGAUGGCCAAGGUCACAUAUCCGGUAAAUACACAUCCCACCGCACUGCCUCAGGCUGCCCCCUGGCUGCCAAGAGGCAGAAGGAGAACCCACUGAAUGGGGCCCCCCUGUCCUGGAAACUGAACAAACAGGAGCUGCCCCACUGCCCCCUGCCCGGCUGCAACGGGCUGGGCCACGUCAACAAUGUGUUCGUCACCCACAGGAGCUUAUCUGGAUGUCCCCUCAAUGCACAGGCCAUCAAGAAGGGCAAGGUCUCCGAAGAACUAAUGACCAUCAAGCUCAAAGCAACUGGAGGCAUAGAGAGUGAUGAAGAAAUUAGGCAUUUGGAUGAAGAAAUAAAGGAACUCAACGAGUCCAACCUUAAAAUUGAAGCAGAUAUGAUGAAACUCCAGACACAGAUCACAUCUAUGGAGAGCAACUUAAAGACGAUAGAGGAGGAGAACAAACUGAUAGAACAGAACAACGAGAGCUUGCUGAAGGAGCUGGCGGGGCUGAGCCAAGCCCUCAUUUCCAGCCUCGCUGACAUCCAGCUCCCACAGAUGGGGCCCAUCAGUGAGCAGAAUUUUGAGGCAUAUGUCAACACGCUCACGGACAUGUACAGCCACCUGGAGCGGGACUACUCCCCGGAAUGCAAGGCUCUGCUGGAGAGCAUCAAGCAGGCCGUGAAAGGCAUCCACGUAUAGGACCCCACGCCGCCCGCGGGCCGCGCCACCUGCAGCUACGCAGCCCCGCAGGCGGAUCCAGAGGGGCUCCAGCCGCAGAGGCAGGCAGGUGCUCUACCCGUUACACUUGCAACGUUGCACUAACUUCUCCCCCCAGCUGACGUGAAAAGGAAAGAAAAACUAUGAUAGACUCUUUGGAUUAAAAGCGAUGCAGUCAAAUAUCAGAUCUUAUUUAUUUUCAUAUGUUUUUCUUUUAUUUCGUCAUUGCACUCCUUUGGGUUUUUGGGUUUGAUUUUUUUUUUUUGUAAAGUAUAUGUAAAAUAAAUGUGACAUUUUUAUAUUUUAUUUAUUUCUAAUCAAAGAGUUUUUUAUCUUUUAACUGCAUUUUGAAGUCUGCCAUAUUUUUACAAGUGUGUUGAUUAAUUUAUUUUCCAAUAGAAUUUAAAUAGAAAUGCUAUUCUCAAAUCACAUAUCUUGCUGGGUUUAAACGAGAAGACAAAGACGUAUGAAGGAAAUCCUUGUCUAAGGACUGCGUGAUGGUCCAGUUUGAUUUUUAUUGCACACGUUUCCCCUCCCCACCUCCUUCACUGGCUUUGUACUUAGGAGCGGGCUUGGGUCAGGUGUGGGUGGGGACAGCAAGUUAAAAAGGCGCCCUCGAGUGCAGUGUGCGCCCUCACAGAAGCACAGUAGACUGGAAAACAGCCUGUUCGGAAUUUGUGAGCAAUAAUUAAAUACAGCAAUCAGCAAAGGAUUCGACUUGGCUGUUCAGUUUUAGUUAAUAUGAAUUAUUUAUUUGGAAUGUUUUCAGGAAACAAGCUUUUUUAGUGGUGCAGGUUUGUCUCUUUGUUUUUCAAGUCAUAUCAUAUAGCUGGCAACUCUUGUCCCAAGAUGAGACAUGAGACUCGAUGUGGCCGGCCAGGCUUUCCUGCCACGCUUGGGCGCAACACACAAGGGACGAUAUUGAUGUAGAUUUGUACUUUGCAAACGCGAACGCAUCCACAUGGAAAACUGUGUAGAUACCAUAUCCCCUGAAAUAGCAUUUAUCUUACUGGGUUGACUGGGAAGAAAUGGAAAAUGGAGUCACAGGUGCAGAAAUGGUACCAGGAACUGAGUCAUUGCUUUGAACACUGGCAACAUUGUCUCAGCCUCCUUAGGCAACAAGCCAACUUCCAGUUGGACAAAAGUCUUUGUGCAGAAGGACAAGAGCAACAAAGCACACACACUCACACCUGCAGGCACACACCCACACAGACUCACUCAAGGACAGGAAAUGGAGCCCGCCAUCUUGCAUUUCUGGACGGAGCAGAGUUUAGUAGUUGCUGUAGUAAAGGCAAUGUCUAUUUCAGGGAUUGUAAAGUAGUUAAGCCUUGUUUCAAAAGUUUUUUUAUAUUUAUUUUUUUUAAGAAAAAGGUAUAGACAACCAGCUAAACUGCCUUUUUGCUGUGCACACACACCUGGUGUGCCUCGUGCCUCCGUGUAAAUGGGCUUGGUUUCUGUGCUGUAACAAAGUGUUUAUUUUUCCUAUAGCCUCAUGGAUGUAGCCUGACCGAGAUGUUGCUCCCAGGCUUGGUGUAUCCACUGUUAUCACUGUUACUGGACAAAGUAAAACACCGUCCAUGGUGAUUCCACGCCCUGACACUGGUGGUUGUUCUGUAUUAAGUGGGACUUAUCUUUGGUUUGGGGUUCAUUUGAACCCUUGACUCUUAGUCUAGUGAAAAUGAGAUGUCUGUUCUUCAGUAGGAACGAUGGUUAUUUAAAAAUCAACUUAAAAAAAAAGAGCUACUACGUGUGCUGUCUAUUAUAAACGGGACACCAAACAAAAUUUUCUAUUAAAGUUAUGUACUUGCAAACAUUUUGCUAUACAAUACUUGAUAGAUGCAUACAAAUGAGUUCACUUAUUACAAAGACAAAAGUUUAAUUUGCUAAAUAUUUUAACAAGUUUGUUAUAUAUUUUAUUUAAUUUAAAAGAAAUCUCUUACCAACCUAUGUAUUUAUUACCAUAAUUUACUAUGACUUCGGGGUCAUGGAUUUGUGUUUGCAUAGUUUGAGCAGGAUGUUUUGUGAAGUAUGUUGGUAUUUAUUUGCUUCCUUUGUACUUGAUGUGUUUUGUAAUGUGCACUGAAAUUUUUUCCUUUCGACUAUGUUAAUGAUCCAUACUGGAAAUUGGGUCUUUUGUAAACAACAAAAAGGCAAGGAUGUAUGCAUUUUUUUUUAAUUUGACGUAGUUUGUAUACCAUUUCUUCAAACAAUUAAUAUUUCUUACAUCAAAGCAACCGGUUGUGUUCAGUGCUGUACAUUUGGUGUAUGGUAGGAAAUAAAAAUUGAUAAUGAGUUUCAACGUGA